AGGUGUGGUGCAGUUUGUUUUACAUUUUAUUUCAUUUUCAAUCCUGAAAACGAGGAAUUUAAGAGAGAGGAGGUGAGCUGGUCAGUAGAAAAACGAAGACGAAGAGGCGACCUGGCGUGGCAUGAUUGGGUUCGCUAAGCCUCUUGCCUUGGGGAUAACUGGGAAGAAGCGUGGUUGAGAUUUGAGAAGCCGCUGAACCUGAAUCAGAGGUAGCAGCUCCAGGCUGCAGGCUCCAGAGGCAGAAGUAUUAAUUUUUUAAGACGCGCUAUUCCGAAUUCGGAAGGAGAUUCGAGAAGACGUGGCAACAAAACAACAAGAAGAAGGAAGUUUAAAAAACAAGGGGACGAAGAAAAAUGAUUCGAACACAGGCAGUGGGAGUGGGAAAAAUUCCACACCCUCUCUCCAGUCACCAUAGCGUGAGUCUGAGCCACUUCACCAAACCACUCAGAUUCGCAUUCUCCCAUUCGUUUCCAGCUGUGGCCAUGUCCCACGUUCCCCGGAAGAGGAGGAGGAGGAGUUCCAAAAACCCAUCCACAUUCCUAUCCUCAUCCUCAUCUCUUGAUGACAACUUCAAUAUCACGUCUUCUUCCGCUGCUGUCACCGCUUCUUCCCCGUCUUCACCACCUCCGCAGCCCGAAAAGGAGGAGGAGGAUGAUGUAAAGAGAAAGGCCCCUGACAUUCCCACGCUUUUCAGGAGAUUCUGGAAAGUAGCGGCUCCGUACUGGUGGUCAGACGACAAGGUACAAGCCAGAUUGCAGCUGGCGGCUGUGUUUGCGCUCACUCUAGGAACCACUGGGAUCAGUGUCGGUUUCAAUUUCCUGGGCCGCGACUUCUACAAUGCCCUCGCCAAUAAGGACCAAGAACAGUUCACCAAGCAACUCUUGUACUAUCUUGGCGCUUUUGCUGGAGGAAUUCCGUUCUUUGUGUUGAGGGAUUAUGCCAGAGAAAUUCUUGCUUUAAGAUGGAGAUCUUGGAUGACAAGCUAUUACAUGGAACGCUAUCUAAAGAAUUGGACAUUCUACAAAAUACAGUCCCAAUCCAUAAUUGAUAAUCCAGAUCAGCGGAUUGUUGACGAUUUAAGUUCCUUCACAGGAACAGCGCUUUCAUUCUCUCUGGCAUUUUUUAAUGCUGCUGUAGACUUGAUAUCAUUUAGUAACAUCCUGUAUGGCAUCUACCCACCGCUUUUUGUUGUACUUCUUGUAUAUUCAAUUGGUGGAACAGCUAUUAGUGUUUUUCUUGGAAGGGGACUGGUAAACCUAAAUUUCUUGCAAGAGAAGAAAGAAGCAGAUUUUCGUUAUGGACUUGUGCGUAUUCGUGAAAAUGCUGAAUCAAUUGCGUUCUAUAGUGGCGAGGAAAGUGAAAUGCAACUUCUGAUUCAGCGUUUCAGGAGUGCCUUUGAAAAUUUAACCCAAUUGUUGAUUUCUUCCAGAAAUCUAGAAUUCUUUACCAGUGGCUACCGCUACCUUAUUCAGAUUCUUCCAGCUGCAGUUGUUGCUCCGAUGUAUUUCUCAGGAAAAAUUGAGUUUGGUGUCAUAAAUCAGUCUGUAUCUGCUUUCAAUCACAUCCUUGGUGAUUUUUCCCUCAUUGUAUACCAGUUUCAGGCGAUAAGUGCCUUCUCAGCUGUCAUUGAUCGACUUGGUGAAUUUGAUGAUAUUCUGGAUAACAGCAGCUCUAAAGAUCUCUCUGACCCUUCAGAAGAAAUUAAUCUUGUGUACUAUGAUGUAAAAAGUUUGACCUUGUUGGAGUCUAAUGGAUCUAUGGCCAUGGAUAAGUGUCAAAAGUUACUUGACAUUGAGAAUUUGACUCUCCUGACACCAAAAAGUAAAACUGCACUUAUUUGGGAUUUAUCGUUGGAGAUAUAUGAAAAGGAUCAUUUGCUGGUAACAGGACCUAGUGGGAGUGGUAAGACUUCUUUGUUACGAGCUCUGGCUGGUCUUUGGAGUACUGGAAGAGGAAAAAUCACAUUUUCUGUGAAAGGUGAUGAAGAUCCUCUGCUGGGAGCAGCUCCUCUUGAAGCAACUCCUUCACAAGAUACAUAUCCGGGAGUUGAACAACCCAAAAACAAAGAUUCUAGAGGCAUAUUUUUCCUUCCUCAGAGACCAUAUAUGGUUUUGGGAACACUUCGGCAACAAUUGCUAUAUCCUACAUGGGCAGAAGAUGUAAUUCCCAUGACAGAUGGUGAUGAACCAGAUGGCACUCUUCCUUUCUUGAUGGGGGUAUCUACCUUGGAAAAUGAGGGAGAAAAUCCUAGGAAGCCCACAACAGAUGAUAUAAUACGGGUUCUAGAGGACGUUCGCCUUGGCUAUAUACUUUCUCGUUUUAAUAGUUUGGAUUCCACAUAUGAGUGGUCCAGUGUUCUUUCCCUUGGUGAGCAGCAACGCCUUGCAUUUGCACGUCUCCUGCUUUCAAAACCAAAUUUGGUUCUACUAGAUGAAUCCACCAGUGCCUUGGAUGAAGCUAAUGAGGCUCACUUAUACCAGCAAAUUGAAGCUGCAGGUAUAACAUAUGUUAGCAUUGGCCAUCGAAGAACCCUUUAUGGUUACCACAAUAGGCGCUUACAUAUAUCUGCAGCAGAUCCUAACAGUACACAACGUAAUUGGUACAUUGAGCCCAUCAAUCAGGACACCAUGUACAAUUUGUCAAAGCUGUAGGUGCAGUUUCUUGGAAGUCGAAUCGCACAUUUUAAGGUGGCACAUUGUCCUCCUGGAAGAGGAUCAGGUUAGAGGCAAGGAACCAUUCUGUUAGGGGACUUAUAUAACAGGAUGCAGUUGUAAAUGGCCAAUCAAAUUUGUCACAUGCUGCUGCUCUGUUGCAUUACAACUAUGGUCUCCACAUUUUGUGCUGCCACAUUUUAUAACUGCUUUGUUUAGUUCUUUGAUGUUUAACAACACCUUGUCAAUUACAGCAUCACUCAUUUACACACAUUUCUUUGCACGGGCCUCCUGUUGAAAGCUUUAGCAUGAACCUAAAAUGUGUUGUUGAGAGUUGGAAUUAGAAUUCAGAAUAAUUUGUUGUCAUUGA